UUGAAUUGAACAUUCAUAUUCUGCUUUUCUUUAGUGGUAAUAGUAAGGUUGGCGUGAGUAGAUGCAUCAUUUUUAUUGCUUGGUUGGUUUAUGAAUUGUUAGAAUUAUUAGAAUUAGUGGGCUUAGCCCAUUGGGAAGAUUUACCCUAAAUAUUCUUUCCUUUUUUUUAUCUCUUUGUACUUUUCUAUUUAUUCCCUCUUGUACCUAUUGUAUGAAUAUCAGAAAAAUAAUAAAACUAAAAAUAUCGUGGUUUUUCUCCCGGUUCUCGGGUUUCCACGUAAGCCGGUUUCUUGUUUAUUGCUUUUAAUAUGGUAUCAGAGCGAAGCAACAACGAAACCCUAGAAAAAACUUUAGGAAUCACCCGAACCAAAACAGCCGCCGCCGCCGUGGACACCACCAUGGAAAAACUACUCCAACGGAUUCAGACGCCACCUAUCUAUCCAAUGGGCCAACCCUUGCCACCGUCUGCACAACCUUCCGGCCAAAAACGACUUCACGUGCCGCCGUCCAUUAAUCGCAUUGCCCAUCCCAUCCGCUUCUAUGCGUCGUUGUCUGUCUCACCCUUCCGGUCAUCCGCCGCCACACGCGCUGCCGGACAGCAACCUUCAAAACUGUCAAAUCUGUACAGCAGUGCAAAUCUGUCCGUUGACUCUUUACAGCAACCUUUCUUCUAUAGGAACGGGGAUGACCAACACCAUAACAAAUCGGGGAUUGAAGCGGGCGAGUCAUUGGCACCCUCCCGUUAUGGACAGCCAUAUGUUCGUGGUCUCGGGAUUAAUCAAACCUACAGGAGAGCUGUUUUUGAAGUUAGUACAUCCUUGGCAGAGACCGAUCUACCGAUGUAUUCCAAGAACCCGGUAAUUUCGCUUCCUCAUGUGCCUUCAAAUUAUAUAACUAACUCUGUUGCCUUUAGUGCUCAAUCCUUGACCCAUGAUAAUGGGAAACCAAUCCUCGUUUGUGAGCACUGCAAGAAACAACGGCAUACCAAGGAUCAGCUUUGGAAACUCCACGGUCGGCCCCCAAAAGGUAACAAACGUUCCUCCAACGAGCAACAGAACUAAGGGCGUACCGAUGUUAGGGAGACUGCUAGCUCCUCUCAGCCAUUGGCCCUACUGCUAGUCAGAUCAGCUCUCCUACUCUAAGCGCCAUUGCUCAAUCAGGUAUCCCUUGGCCUUAUUAGUGUUGAUGGGACGAAUCCCUGGAUUUUGGACUCGGGGGCCACAGAUCACUUGACAGGUUACUCUGAGCACUUUGUCUCUUAUACCCUUGUGCCGGUAAUGAGAAAAUCUGGAUAGCCGAUGACUCUUUAGCCUCGAUUGCUGGGAAAGGACGAAUAGUCCUCUUUGACGGUUUCUCCCUCCAGAAUGUUUUGCAUGUGCCUAAGCUUUCUUACAAUUUGUUAUCUAUCAGUAAGAUCUCCCGUGAGUUGCACUGUAAAGCUACUUUCUUACCGGAGUCUGUUUGCUUUUAGGACUUGAAUUCGGGGAGGACGAUUGGCACUGUCCAGCAUAGCAGGGGACUUUACAUCCUUAAUGAUGAUACUUCCGGUAGUAGUAUCUCUACGACUAGUUUACUGUCUUCCUAUUUUAGCACCUCUGAACAUGACUUUAUGUUGUGGCAUUUUCGGUUAGGUCACCCGAACUUUACGUAUAUGAAAUAUUUGUUUCCCCAUCUAUUUCUUAAAAUAGAUGUCUCCUCGUUAUCUUGUGAUGUGUGCAUUCGGGCAAAACAACAUCGUGUUUCUUUUCCCUCACAACCAUAUAAACCCACACAACCGUUCACCCUUAUCCAUAGUGACGUUUGGGGUCCCUCCAAGGUCACCACCUCAUCUGGGAAAAGGUGGUUUGUAACCUUCAUUGAUGAACAUACCCGUCUUACCUGGGUCUACCUUAUCACCGAUAAAUCUGAGGUUUCCGCUAUUUUCCAAAACUUCUCACACCAUUGAAACACAAUUCCAUAAAAAAAUUGCUAUUCUUCGGAGUGAUAAUGGUCGGGAAUUCCAAAACCAUAACCUUAGUGAAUUUCUAGCCUCUAAGGGGAUUGUUCACCAAAACUUAUGCGCCUACACUCCUCAACAAAAUGGAGUGGCCGAGCGAAAAAAUCAUCACCUUUUGGAAGUAGCCCGUUCCCUUAUGCUUUCCACUUCCCUUCCUUCAUACCUGUGGGGAGAUGCUAUUCUCACAGCAGCUCAUUUAAUUAAUAGAAUGUCUUCUCGUAUCCUCCACCUUCAAACUCCCUUAGAAUGUCUUAAAGAAUCCUACCCUUCUACUCGUCUUGUUUCAGAGGUUCCUCUUCUUGUGUUUAGGUGUACCACUUAUGUUUAUAGUUUUGGCCCUAAUCAGACCAAAUUCACCCCUCGGGCUCAGGCUUGUGUGUUUGUUGGGUAUCCCCUUCACCAGCGUGGUUAUAAAUGCUUUCACCCGCCGUCCAGGAAAUACUUUGUCACAUGGAUGUUACUUUCUAUGAGGAUCGACCCUAUUUUCCCGUUAGCCAUCUUCAGGGGGAGAGUGUGAGUGAAGAGUCUAACAACACCUUUGAAUUUAUCGAGCCUACUCCUAGUACUGUGUCUGACAUUGAUCCUCACCCUAUAAUUCUACCUACAAACCAAGUUCCUUGGGAAACAUAUUACAGGAGGAAUCUCAGAAAGGAAGUCGGGUCCCCUACCAAUCAGCCACCGGCUCCAGUCCAAGACUCCAAACCUCCUUGAGAUCAAGGUAUGGAAAAUUCUACUGAACCUUGCACUAACAAUACAAUGAAUGAGAAUGACAGGUCUGAUGUUGCUGUUCUUGAAAAUGUGGAAAAAAAGAACAAUGGUGAUGAGACUGAGGUCAGAACAGAAACCAGUAACAAUGAAGCUGAACGGGGUCAUACAGGGAAACUUGAAAAGUAUGAUCCUUCUCUUGAUCUUCCUAUUGCACUGAGAAAAGCUUUUACUGCCAGCCAUGACUCUACCACAAUACCGAAAAAUAUUCAUAUUGCUUUAGAGUGCCCUGAAUGGAAGAAUGCUGUCAUGUAAGAGAUGAAAGCUUUUGAAAAGAAUAACACUUGGGAGAUCUGCGCUCUACCCAAGGGACACAAGCCUAUGGGAUGCAAAUGGGUGUUCACUCUCAAAUACAAAGCAGAUGGAACACUUGACAGACACAAGGCGAGGUUAGUUGCAAAAGGAUUUACUCAAACCCAUGGUGUUGAUUAUUUAGAAACUUUUUCUCCUGUUGCUAAGUUGAAUACUGUCAGAGUCCUUUCUGUUGUUGUAAACAAAGAUUGACCUCUAUAUCAGCUGGAUGUUAAAAAUGCUUUUCUGAAUGGAGAUCUAGUAGAGGAGGUCCAUAUGAGCCCUCUGCCUGAUUUUGAAGUCUAGUUUGGUCAACAGGUUUGUAGACUCCAGAAAUCCUUAUAUGGUCUAAAACAGUCACUCAGAGCAUGGUUUAACAGAUUCACUACUUUUGUUAAGUCCCAAGGCUACAGUCAGGGACACUCUGAUCACAUUUUAUUUACAAAAGUUUCCGAGACAGGGAAGAUUGCAGUUCUGAUAGUUUAUGUGGAUGACAUCGUUUUGUCGGAGAUGAUCAGGCAGAAAUCAGUCAACUUAAGCAGAGAAUGGGUAAUGAAUUUGAAAUCAAGGAUUUGGAAAAUCUGAAUUCCUUGGAAUGGAGGUGGCCAGAUCUAAAGAAGGCAUCUCCAUGUCUCAGAGAAAAUACACCCUUGAUCUGCUAACCGAGACAGGUAUGUUGGGAUGUCGUCUCGCUGACACUCCUAUUGAAUUCAACUGUAAACUAGAAAACUCUGAUGAUCAAGUUCCAGUUGAUAAAGAACAAUAUCAGCGCCUCGUGGGUAAAUUAAUUUACUUAUCUCAUACUCCUUCUGAUAUUUCCUUUGCUGUGAGUGCUGUCAGCCAGUUUAUGCAGGCUCCCUAGAAGGAACACAUGGAAGCUGUCAAAAGAAUUCUGAGAUAUUUAAAAACGACACCUGGUAAAUGGUUGAUGUUUAGAAAGACAAACAAAAAAACCAAUGAGACAUAUACUGACUCGGAUUGGGCAGGAUCUAUUGUUAACAGAAAGUCUACCUCCGGUUAUUGUACCUUUGUUUGGGGCAAUCUUGUAACUUGGAGGAGUAAGAAGCAAAGUGUUGUGGCCAGGAGCAGUGCUGAGGCCGAAUAUAGAGCUAUGAGAGUGGGAAUAUGUGAGGAAAUUUGGCUCCAGAAAGUCUUGUCUAAUCUUCAUCAGGAAUGUGAAACUCCAUUGAAGCUCUUUUCUGAUAAUAAAGCUGUUAUUAGUAUUGCUAACAACUCAGUUCAGCAUGAUAGAACUAAACAUGUUGAGAUUGAUCGGCAUUUCAUCAAAGAAAGACUUGACAGUGGGAGCAUAUGCAUUCUGUACAUCCCUUCGAGCUGACAGGUUGCUGAUGUCCUCACCAAGGGGCUUCUCAGACCAAACUUCGACUUUUGUGUUUGCAAGUUGGGCCUCAUUGAUAUUUACGUCCCAACUUGAGGGGGAGUGUUAGAAUUAUUAGAAUUAGUGGGCUUAGCCCAUUGAGAAGAUUUACCCUAAAUAUUCUUUACUUUUUUAUCUCUUUGUACUUUUCUAUUUAUUUCCUCUUGUACCUAUCGUAUGAAUAUCAGAAAAAUAAUAAAACUAAAAACAUCUUGAUUUU